GUGACAACAGUGACAACAGUGACAACAGUGACAACAGUGACAACAGUGACAACGGUGACAACGGUGACAACAGUGACAACAGUGACAACAACGUGACAACGGUGACACAACAGUGACAACAGUGACAACAGUGACAACAGUGACAACGGUGACAACGAUGACAACAGUGACAACGACAACAGUGACAACAGUGACAACGGUGACAACAGUGACAACGGUGACAACGGUGACAACAGUGACAACAGUGACAACAGUGACAACAGUGACAACAGUGACAACAGUGACAACAGUGACAACGGUGACAACAGUGACAACAGUGACAACAGUGACAACAGUGACAACGGUGACAACGGUGACAACGGUGACAACAGUGACAACGGUGACAACGGUGACAACAGUGACAACGGUGACAACAGUGACAACGGUGACAACAGUGACAACAGUGACAACGGUGACAACAGUGACAACAGUGACAACAGUGACAACAGUGACAACAGUGACAACAGUGACAACAGUGACAACAGUGACAACAGUGACAACGGUGACAAC